AUGGAAGAUAUAUACGAAAUGAUGGCUGCCAUGAGUGAGAAGCUUAAGAAGCUAGACAAGCUUGAUAUGAUUGAAGAAAGAAUUAAGGGGAUAGAAGACGAAUUAAAAUCAGUUAAACACUCUGUCGAGUUUCCGCACGAUGAAAUUGAAGAUAUCAAGAAAGCCAAUGAGCGUACGGUUGAAAUCGACAAGAAAACGCAGGAAAGAUUGAUAGAGUUAGAGGCGACAAAUACUAAAUUACUGAAUAGCGUUAUUGAUCUCAAGGCGAGAUCAAUGCGCGACAAUUUAAUAUUUUAUAACAUUAAUGAGAAAGAAGGCGAAAAUACAACAAGCCUUAUUCAUAAAAUUCUCGAAGAGCACUUGGGUAUUGAAAACGCAUCAAUUAACGUUAAAAUUGAUCGUUCUCAUCGCAUGGGAAGCAAAAAAUCUGAUACAAAACCGCGGCCAAUAGUGGCUAAAUUUAACUACUACCAACAUCGGGAGCAGGCGAGGCUUAAUGGAAAGAAGCUUAAAGGGACGGGAAUUGCUAUUUCCGAGCAAUUUCCAGAAGAAAUCGCGAGAAUUAGAAAGAGCCUUUAUCCAGAACUGAAGAAGGCGAAGGCACAAGGAAGAAAG